UGCUGUGUGCAACUUCGUGUUUACAUUUUAGUGUUUACAUUUUUAUUUAUGAAUGCAAGCUUGUUUAAUAACCUAAAGUUAUUGGUUCAACUUAUUGAAAAUGACCGCAAUUUGUAGAGUUUGUUUCAAUCGUGACUUCUUAGUAAAUUUAUUCAAAAAGACAGGUUUCCUUACUUUAUCCACCAAGUUAAUGUCUAUAGCAAAAAUAAAAAUAGCACCAGAAGAUGGCCUUCCGGAUACCAUAUGUUCAAAAUGUGUUCAAAAACUGGAUGAUUGUAUAGAAUUUAUUGAACUCUGUGAAACUUCUGAUGUUAAACUGAGAGCCUUACUAGAAAACAGUUGUAGGGAAAAAAGUUUAUUGCUAGACAGUAAGGACAUGAUCAUAGAAAAUGAAAAUUUCUCUGAUAAUGAGACAUUAUCACCCAAAAGUGAAGAUAAAGUUUUAUUUAUUGAUGAAAGUAUAGAUCAUAGUAUACAGGAGGAACAAGCAAAUGAUCUAGAUAAUAAAAUAGAACUAGAUAUUAAAAUAGAGAAUAGUACAAAAACUAAGAAGAAUCGGAAACAUCAAUGCUUUACUUGUGGAAAAGUUAUGUCAUCAAGGUUUCGCUUGAAGACUCACAUGCGGACACACACGGGGGAGCGUCCGUACACUUGUCACCAUUGCAAUAAGAACUUCUCAUUGGCACAGAAUCUUAAAGUGCAUCUUAGAGUACAUACUGGUGAAAAGCCACUGCAGUGCACAAUAUGCGGUGAAUCGUUUGCUCAGUCUGCUGGUUUAAUUGUUCACAAGCGUAAGCACUCUGGGAUAUUACCAUAUGAGUGUAAACUGUGUCCACGCUCAUUUAGAACCAUUGGACAUUUACAAUAUCAUACUAGGCAACACACAGGCGAAAAGAACUUUGAGUGUGACACUUGCGGGCGAGCAUUCAUCACUCGUAGUGAUUUAAAAAAGCACUUACUAACUCACACCGGUGCUCGGCCCCACGUCUGCUGCAUCUGUGGAGUUCGUCUCACCCGUGCGUCCCACCUGAAGAGGCAUAUGCAAUUAACACAUAAUAAAAAUGUAUACUCCUGUGAACAUUGCCCAGAGGAGUUCAUGAAAAAGAGCGAAUUAGAAAGGCAUAUUAAAACUCAUAAAGAUUAGUUUCUGAUAUUGAAAUUUUUGCUAAUAGUAAUCAAACCAUGAUCUUGUUUUCAUGCUUACACUAUGCAAAGAGUGUGAGUUAAAUUGUAAGUUCUUAUUGUGAUUCUAAAGGCAUAUGUAACAUUGCUACUGUGCUCGAGUUGCACAAGCAUAUAUGAAAAAAAUAUAUAUAAUUAAGUAAAUAGAGAGAUGACUGACUUGAAAAGUAACCGAGGGAUGGGAUUGGGUCUUUAUUAGGAAAGCAUAAUGCUGAAGUGAUUUUGACUUGUUUGAUUUAAAUAGUCUGUUAAUUUAGAAACUUGAUAAACAUCUGGUUAUCAUGACUCCAAGUUUGUGACAGUAUUGUCGCUCUCAGGCUGAAUGAGAACUACCAUCGACUUUGUACCUCCAACAAGACUGGUAUUAUUUUUUCUGAAAUCAAAUAGUCUAACAGAUGGGGUCCGUUAUUAUAGUGUAUACCUCAGGUGUAUUCCUACAUAUUCAUACAUUUUUCUGGGAUUAAAACUAGGCAUAGGCUUAUUUAAUACUUAAGAAAACAGGAAAUAGGUAGAUAGGUAUCUAACUUAUUGUCUUAUUCUCUAAUCUUGUGAUAAAUAUAAACAUUUGGUAUUAAAAAGUAUUUAAGAAUUA